CCACUGAACUUUGGCUCCAAUCGAAGUCCACCACGGUAAGUCGGUUAAUACAAAUGAAAUUCCUCGCGUGCUUUCAGAGCCCAGUAUCCUUCCCAUGACUCGCUGCCUUCUCUCUCUCUCUCUGUAUAUAUAUCCCAAUCCCUAAUUAUAUCGAAAUCACACUAAUUUCCCCCAAUUUCUAGUUGCCUUUCCUUGCUCCAAUGAAUUUCUUCAAAUCCGUCUUCUCAGACGAACCAACUCCCCCAGAUUCACCCACAUCCCAGCCCGGUACUCCAACCUCCCUCUCACAAUCCCAGAACUCAAAUCCCAACCCCAGCCCUACUGCCAACCCCACAUGGUCCUUCGGCGGGCUCUUCAAGACCCUGACCACCACAUCAGAGUCCGUCAUCGAAUCCUACCGCAAGGAUUUCGAGGAAUUCGGAUCUGGCCUCAGAAAGGAGACGGCGGUUAUCCGGGAAGUAGCCUCGCGUGCUGUCAAGGACCUUCCGGCUUCUUUCGAGGUCGGUGCUUCGGUCGCCCAGGAAUCGCUGGAGACCGUCGGACAAGCCAUCGACGACAUCGGAGCCACCGUUUGGAGAUCCACUGCUCAAAUAAUCUCUCAUGGUAGGGACUCUAUUCUAGCUCCAGAUCAUGAAGAUUCAGAUUCCUCUGAUAAACAUCAUAGUCAUAGUAAGCAACAGUCUUUGAGCGUGAAGCGGUAUAGCCGUUUUGAUAUGCAAGUGCGUGCAAUACAGUGUGACUUAAAUACUUACUGUACUGAACCAGAGGAUAAGGUUGAGUUUGAUAGAUGGAGAUUAGGGUCUUUUUCACUGGAAGAGAAAAAAGAGGAGAUUGAGAAAUUAAUUAGUGAAAAUGGGUUUGUUAAGGAAAUUUAUAAUGAGGUAGUGCCUGAUAGAGUAGAUAAUGAAGGUUUUUGGAGUAGGUAUUUCUAUAGGGUGCACAAGUUGAAGCAAGCAGAGGAAACCAGAGCCUUGCUUGUUAAGAAAGCAAUUUCUGGCGAGGAAGAGGACUUGACCUGGGACUUUGAUGGUGAAGACAAGGAGGGGGACGAUAAGAGCAAUGGGUCUUUGGUAGAAGGUCAGUCUAUUGGAAGUUUAAAGCCAGAGAAGGGUGAUUACAGUGAAAGCUCUGAGGGUCAUAAUAAAAAUGUCAAAGACGAAAUGGAGAAAGGCAAUGAUAAGCUGGAGAAAAUUGAGGAGAAGGCAGCAGCAGUGGAUGUCAAGGGCGAAAACGGCGAGUCGUGUAAAGAUAGCGAUGUAUCAGUGAUUUCAAGCCAGUCAUUGUUGCCAGAGGAGGACCUUGGAUGGGAUGAAAUUGAAGAUAUUGAUGAAAGCAAAGGGGAAAAAUUGGGUAGCUCGACAAGUACUAGUAGACUAGAUUUGCGCAAGCGGUUGAGUGCUGCAGACGAAGAGGAGGACUUGAGUUGGGACAUAGAUGAUGAAGAUGACGAAUCUAGUAAACCAUGACACAAGGAUGGUAAGUAUAUACGAGUUGCUACUCUUUAGUUGAUUAUUUACAUGUGAAAAAUGAUUUUUUAGUGUCAUAGUUACGUAAUUAUUUUGUCAUCAUAGUUUUCCUCGUUGAGUUUCAAUGAUUGAAUUCAUGUUACUAUCUCAGUUUUAUCUUCUAUAGAUGUCAAUAUUGAUUGAAUGGAA